AUGGACUUCUCUUUGUCUGUGUAUUAUCUUGGCUUCACAAAAGUUCGUUUCUUCGAACGUAAUAUUGCUAAGAAUAACAAUUCGCUAGAAUCGUACCGCUCAAAUGAGGAAAAUGUCAUUGACCAAAUCGAGACGGCUCAACUUGACGGACUUCUUCCAAUGGAUGCGAAUGGACUUCAAAAGGUCAACAUUCGUGUUUCUAAAUAUGGUGCUCGAAUAAUUUCGGAGCCGGAUUCAGAGACACUUGAUCGCAUUCCUCUGGUGAAUAUCGUCCUCUCUCUUGCCUACGACGACGGCUUUGGAAGGUACAAUAUUGCCAUGGUAGUAAAGGCACGCCACUGCGAGCCCGAAUAUAAAUGUCACGUCCUUCAGUGCAGUUCGAUGCGAGAAGCAGAUGAGUUCUUACGAAAGGUUCAUCAGUUAUUCGACUCCGUCAUAGACACAAUUGAUCAAAGAGAAGUGGAUCAGUGUGAAUGGGUCGAUGUGUAA